GGCCGAGGAAGAGACGUCAUAGUAAUCUUUUGACGGCGUUGCGCAAAUUGUAAUUUUCGACUCUCACUAAUCGUGGCUGCCAUGUUUUUUUUCAUGCGGGGUGUGUGUGUAUAGAAAUUAUCAUGAUAAUUUCCCCACAUAAAUUACUACGGAAGUAAGGGGUGCACGAAGUGCGUCAUUCGUUGAUCGCUAGUUACAAUGCGAUUGUACAAACUUUGUUAGACGUGACCGCUUGUACAUAACUACAAACUAGCAAAGAAAAAGGCCAAAGACAUAAGCAUGUAUUAAGAAGAAGACGGCAAUUUGAGGAUCGAUACUUUAACACGGCCAACGGCGAUUGAAUAAUGGACACUCGAUUUCUGAGCACGAUGAUUGAAUUUUAUGGCGAGUUAUAUUACUUUGGGCAGAAUGCGUAAAAACAAGAGAGGAAGCCAGGCCCACGCCGGCUGGCCUGCGACGUCAAAGGAACUUCACCUCAUCCCGCUCCCCAUCUGAUAUACACAGACUCUACCGAGGAUAUGCAGUGCUCAGUAAUUCUGGAAAGGGGCUGUAACAGUAAAAUGAAGACGUUAAACAGUUUUAAGAGCCCUUACACAAAGGAGUCCAGUCUUGACAACAUUGUUGAUCAACUGUGCACAAGACUUCAAGACAUCAGGGACCAAGAGAGCACAACUCUCUUAGGUAUGCCAACUUGUUCCUUAGAGCAAACUGAGGCUGUUCGUCGAUACUACGCUGCAUUCCCGGCUCUGAAGAAAGCGCAAGAGUCGCCGUUGCAGUACUAUUUGCCGCCGCCAUCUUGGUGUCGUAAGAACGACACAAAGGUCAAAAUGCAGAGUGAAUUGGCAAUAUCGCAGGAUUGGAAUUGCAAAAAUAAAAAGUUUUCAUUGGGAAAAGAGCGGCGCAACUCAUAUCACGGUCAAAAGAAGAACAGCAGAAAACGAUACAAUAGUUACAGCCGAUCUUUCGAGAGCAAAGAGAACAUGCCGGAGUGGAUGACGCACGAAGGAGUUUGGGACAUCGAGACCCAGGACCCCGUCAAGGAGUUCAUUCGGGCCAUCGCCUUCGACGAGGGCUACGCCACUUGCGAGAACACCGUCACCGACGAGAUCAAAGAGAUCAGCCAAGCCCAGUUUCGCUUGAACGACAACAUGGUGCCGGACUGGGACGACAGCCUGGAUCUCGACGCUCACUGGGUCAUCGCCGAAGACCCGACCCCGAGGGUCCGGAGUCCGAUGGACGAGGAACUCUACGCGAAAUUCGAGGCCAAGUUCGACCGCAGCAUCGAGGCUCUCUGGUCGAAAGAUCAAAACACUCCAGACGAUGAGUACCAAGAUCUGCCGAUCGACUUCCAAGACCUCCUGUCGUCGCCCUCCGACCACCUGUUCGCCGAACCUUCCGCCGAGAAGAGAAGCCUGUUGACGGAGAGCAUCUGGUCCACGAACUUCCCGGUCGCCCGGCCGCAGAAGACCGAAUCUCCCUCGAAGAUAGCUGAAGGCCUGCACGAUCGACUCCGCCCGUUGAACAUAAGGGAGCCGGAGUGCCCCCGCGAGUUGGAAUCGUUCAGUCUCUACGAGGGCGAGGAGCUAUACGACGCUCUGUCGACGGUCGCCAAGACGAUGCGCUCCUUCACCGCGAUCAACCACAGCCGCGACAACAGCGGAUUCGUCGAAGUUCCCCCGCGGCCUCGCAGAGACCGUCUCGCCCCCGUCCUCCGGCCCCCUCCGCCGCCCCGACCCCGGCCCCCACCGGACGCCGACCGCGAGGAUCCGCUCACUUCGUCGCGCACGCACUUCCGCCCGAUCCGCCGCGAGCAGGAGACCGAGGCGCCCCGCUACGCCGACGGCGACACCUUCGACAUCUGCGGCGACUACGACGCGGUCGAGUUCGAGCGCAGCCCGUCCGGCGGCGUCUACCUCGAGGGCUCUCGCGAGCGCUACCUCGAGUAUCGCAUGCCGAACGCCAUCGACUACGGCCGGCUCAACCUCACCGAGGCGCAGCGCUGCCCGGACCUGGAAGACACGACUUUCAAACUGCGGUUCCCGGUGCGGCAGACGGACGCGGCGGUGCAGACGGAGCGCGGCGACGCGUGGGCGUGCGACGAGUGCGGCGGCUCGGCGAAGAAGAUGAGGCCCAGCGGGAUCGAGAGCAUAUGGAGCGACGCGCGCGUGUGCGAGUGCGCCGUGGAGACGGGAACGAGCGGCGCGUCCGUCCCGCCGGACGAGCUGUCGCGGGACUGGGAGGAGCUGCUGUCCGACAUCAGCGCCGCGCACCGGAUGUACGCGGGCGACGCGGAGAACGAGCUGGGCGUCGCCGAGGAUAACGCGGUCGGCUCGGACCGGAAGCGACGUCACUCGGCCGCACUGCGUUGCGGGGGAGGCGCCUCGUGCAACCACCCUCACGCUCGCUUCCUCCACUGUUGCGAACCGGCCCUGGACCGUCCGCUCACCCGGUAGGCCUCUGCCGUCUCAAUGAUGACUGUAGCGAACUUCCAGUCGGCCGCACUUCGUCUGUAGGGAUCUGAAAAUGUCAUUGUGUUUAGCGAGGUUUCGCUACAGUUCUAAUGCCAACUUGUCGAUGAACUAACUGAGCUUUACGACGUUAAUCAUUUUUCUAUUUUGUUUUGUUGUUUAUAUACAUAACGAUAGGUUGGCAACUCAUCAUUGACAGCCGCGUUGCGAUCUAAUGGAUUCCGUUCGGCGUAGACGCCUAUACUGUGAUUGUUCAUUUUUACGACGCGAACGUAAAAACCAUUAUUACUCAUGAACUAAAUUAUUAAAAAUGAAUCGUCUCAGUAUAUCGUUGCGCCAUGCCACACUUAGUUAGGAGAGGCCACUUGGGCACAAUAUCUACGUAUAAUCUGCGGAAAUGGCCUUUGGAGAAACCGCAGCUUCGUAGAUAUCGUGUCAAGGCGGCCUCUAUCGAUGAUUAUUGAACAUUUCGCAUAUAUAUAUUAAUUGCCUGCAUUGUUUCUCAUAAAUUCGACAAACAAUCCUAGUGCUCUAGGAUAAAGAUAACGCGAUGAGCUUUAGAAGCCUUUUUAAUAUUUCUUGAGGCGUUUAAAAUGAUAGCAAUAGUCGUAGGAUAAUUAGCGAGACGUCAUAUAAUCAAAUCUCACGAGGGCGAAAGUGCUACAUAUCUUCGAUGGAGUUAUUUUAUUUUUAGUUCAAUAUUUUGUAGCGAUUUAUAUUAUAAAGGAACGCUCGGCGGAACUCUUUCGUUCGAAUUUCUACUCGUAGAGGUAUUUCGCGUCGAGCUCUUCGGACGAUUUUAAUAUAAUUCUUACAAAACGUCGUCCAUUAUUAAAAUUUGUUGAAAACUGGAUUUUGUUGUUUUCCGUUCGGUGCAUUCAAAAUUGUUUCCGUUAUCGGCAUUGGGUAGUUUAGAAUGUUUAGUAUAAUGUUGCCAAUGCGGUUUGUUGACGAAAGUCCGAUGUGUCUUAAGUUAAACGCGGCGAUUUUAUUGAUUAGCCGUUUAUUUUAGGAUGGCAGGCGAAGUUUGGAUCGUGUCUGCCUAGUAGUAAUUAAAGUGUAGAGUUUUAUACGAAGGACAAUGUUCGUCGAGGUGGCAACACCUCUAGUGUGUUCGGAUCGGACGAGGACGUCGAGUGGUUAAUGCGGCCGGUCAAAUUUCCCCACUUCUCGGGUGAUGUUGCAAUAUAAUUGUUGUAUAAUAUUUAUUAGACAGUGUUGCCAGUUUGGGAAAAUUUGAUCAGCCACAGAGUGUUGACAUAUUAACCAGAUGGAUGGGCAAGUUCAUAGGCGUAACAGUUAUUAUAGUUUAUGUAAUGCAUAAGAAGUGUAUGUUAUAUUUUAUAUCUUGGUUUUUGUUUAGGGAGUCGAGAUCGCCGUGUCACACGGGGUGACAGUUUAUACAGAGACCAACCUUGGGGUGUCAGCCGAUAAGUCUGUCGCUCUGUAUAAAUACUCCUAUAUAUAUAUAUAUUUAUCAUAAAAAGAGCCUUCCUUAACAUUAUCAUCAAAAUGCAAGUUCUUACUAUUGUGUCGUGUUUAUAUAUUGUAAUUAUUUACUAUUUUUUCUGUAAUGUGAUUUAUUCUGUUUGUAAUAACUGAAAAAGAAAAAAGAACAAAAAAAUAUAUUUGCAAAUUAUUGCAUUGGAAUGGCUACUGUAUAUACAUGUAUUAUGUAUAUUUAAAUAAUUGUGAAAAUAAUGUAUUAUAGAGGAUUUCAGUUGUUUAUAAAUGUUAUAUUGUUUAACUAUGUCGGUUCUGUGUUUACAGUGACAAUGUACUCCAUCUUUGAUCAUUGGCCCGAGGCCAUUGAUACUUUAAACAUUGAAUGUUACUUUACUUUCAACUAUGACUAUAUUAGAACGGUUGGGUAUUUUAAACCAUACAACUAAUUAUCAUUUCGAUUCAUUUAAUCUUAUGUUUCAUCAGUUUGUCAUAGAUUCAUACUAUUGUACUUACUCCAUUAAAUAUAUUCGCUAAAACGAACCUCGGAAAAAGUUGAAAAUCUAAAAAAAAUAAUUGUUAGUCAAGUUUGCAUAUGAUAUAUUUGAUUAGCUUUAAUCUAAUGUAAUGUGCUAAACUUGAUAGUUUAAACAUCUAAGUGUUGUUUCAUAGUUUGCCUGUGAAACAACAGAGUUGGCAACGGUGCUCUUUGGGGACUGAACCACCGGUGCUAACUCUAUAUUAGCUUUUGCAGGUCACAGACUAAGUUAUUUUAACAGAAUCUUCAUACUGUAUAUGAAACCUACAUAAAGUAUUAAAUAUCAUAUAAGCUAACUCAGUCUGUGGCUGGCAAGAGCUCAAUCAUUGAAAUAAAAGGCCUUAUAAGCUAGUACCAAUGAUUAUGUACUGUUAGAUUACUUAAUCAAUUGUGGUGGAAGGUAUUGGUUCUAGUGAUUUGAUGGUAAACCUGUUGUCCCCAAAUAAACCACCUAAUAUCGAGUGGUAUUCGAGCUUUGUCGAUAUGUAAUGGCAAUUUCACGAUCGUCGAAUAAUUAACAUUGAGUAGAGAGCAAUCUAAUUUCGGACACGUCGCUAAUCAGCACACGUAAAAUAAAAAAUACAAAAAAAGUUUGCAUGUAGUUAAACAUUUUAUCUUGCAAUGCUCUCGUCUCAAGAACAAGUCGGCUUGUAACCGAUUGCCGUCUCGCCUUGGUUACAUGCAUAUUUGUUGCAUAUCAAUAUAUUAAUUUCUUUCCUUUCUAAAUAUCAAAUAUAAAACACUGUACGAGUGGUGCCGUUUUUAGUAAUUUUCAGUAAAUCUUAACAAAUAAAGUAAAACCACCGGUAAAGAAUUGCUAAUUAAAAUUGACUAUGAGAUUAUAGACUAAGCAAGAUCUUAUCAUAACUCGAUUUCUGAAAAAAUUAACUAGUGGUCAUUACUUUUACAGUGGUUAACUCAAAAAAGUAUUUUUAUACCGGGGUAUGAGCAUCGGGGGAUUUCACGUUUUAUUUAUGGUGCCAAAUAUAAAAUUCAGGGUUUUCAAACAUUUUUCAUAAAUACUCCACUUCGAUUUGCCUUCUCAGUAAAAUUUGUACACAAAUAUGCACGUUACUUGAUUGGCACCUAUCAUUAUUGUUUAAUUCAUGUAGUUUCAUACUUUAUUGUAGAUCGAUUAUUAUAAAAAUGUUUCUAGACGAAAUUAAACACGCUUAGAAGUGGUUAUCCCUGAAAAUAGUUACCAUUUUCGUUAUGUUAGGUUGUGCUCACUACUCUGGUUCUUGCCAUCAAUGGGAAGAAAAUAAAAAUUAAACUAAUC